AUGGCCAUCGAAGUAGUCCCUCUCACAGAAGCCGACAUCCCCGGCGCAAUCGAAGUAAUCCAAGAAGCCUUCGCCGACGACCCUUACUUCAAAUGGGUCUUCGAUGCCUCCAAGUUCAACAAACAACGCAACGCCACCUCCCUAACCGCCCGCUGCCUCUGGGGCAUCAACAAUGCCAUCUUCCACGUCGCCAAGGACACCACAACCUCCCGUUCCCCCUCCAACCCCAACUCCCACAUAGUCGGCGUCUCCUGCUGGCUCCCCCCGCAUCCCGCCUCCCAACCCGAGAGUUGGUACACCUGGUCCCAAGGCCUCCUCCUCAGCUGGCGCCAGAUGCUCAACAACGCCUGGCAUUUCGGACGAGGCGGGCUCCGGUCCCGCCGGUACUGGAUCUGGAAGGCGAGGCAGGAGGAAGCGCAGCGGGCGAUCUGGGAUGAUCCGCGGGGGUACUAUUUCUGUAAUAUUGUGGCUGUUCGGCCUGGGUGUCAGGGGAAGGGGGUGGGGAGGAGGUUAUUUGAGGCUGUUACGGAGGUUGCGGAUGCGGAGGGGGUGAAGUGUUACCUAGAGAGUUCGAGGAGGGAGCCGAAUGUGGGAAUUUAUGAGAGAUUGGGGUUUGGUUUGAGGAGGGAGAUGGAGUGUAGGGAUCCAGAUGGGGAGGGGGAUGCUUGUAUGCUUUAUUGUAUGGUUCGUGAGCCGAAGGGUGAGAAGGAGUAG